UUGGAGUAAAAGAACAUGUAUGGUUCGAAUAAUUAAGCCAAAAUACUAAAAAUAAUUAAAAUUAAUCUGUCCAGUGUGUAGCAAUCGUUCGCAAAAGGAUUCUCUCGGACAAAGUGGUUUCCAAAUCAUAAAGCAAAACCCUAAACCCCCAAUUCUCAAGCAAAGAAUUCAUUCAUCCUUUGACGAUGCGUCUUCUUCUGAUCGAAUAAUAAACACCAGCACCGGUAACUUGCUCAUAGUUUAACAAAUAUGCGAGUUUUGACGGAAGAUAAGGCCGAUUCCGACGAAUAUCACAACAAUUUGGAUGCUGCUAAUUAUAAGUGUUCCUUUGAAAUAAGCGAUGCACGACCAUCGACUUCUUCAUCAUCACCUCUAAGUCCUUUUUCGCCGUUGUUGCUCAUCGAAACCCUCUCUCGUAAGAGCUUUUCCUACGGAAAACUACCUUUGGAGCCUAUCAGACUUACUGUUCUUAAAUUAGAUGGAUCUUCAUUUGAUAUAACUGUUGUAAAGAACCCUACGGUGGCACAGCUCAAACAGGGGGUGGAGGAUGCUUUUAAUCAUUUUCCCAAAAAUGGAAUUGGCAAGGUUUCUUGGUCACAUGUAUGGGCGCAGUUCUGUUUAUCUUUCAAUGGUCAAAAGCUUCUAAAUGACCAAGAUACUGUUGCUGUUAAUGGGAUCAAGGAUGGUGAUCAGCUUCAGUUUGUUCGACAUACAUCCAUUAGUUAUAAUCUCGUAAAGGAAAGACCUGAAAAGCGUGACCACGACUUGCAAGAAUCAAAGAUGUCACCAAGCAAAAAAGAAGUGCAUACAAAGGAAGGGGACAAUGACAAUCCAAACCAACUAAAGGCAAAUGAUAGAAGCAGAGCGAUUACUGUAAAUAUCACAUGUCAAUGCAGCUGGGGUCUCCUAUGGAAACGGUUGUUCUCAAUCCGCACUCAAAAACGUCAUCGUACAAGUUAUGUCGAGCUUUGCUAGCUCACUCAAGAUUGUCCUGAAAUUUGGAAAGGUAUAUUACAGUAACUUGUUUGUAAUAAAAACCCAUGUUAAAGUCAUGGCCUAAGAAAGUAGCAUUCGGCGUGCGUGUUGUGUUUGGAUAGAGGAAUGAAGGUACAGGAUUGGAUAUUGGUAUGGAAGUAUGAAAUAACCGGCUAGACGCACUUGAAGAACCUGAUAGCACAUUACUGGCUGAAUCGGUUUGGUUGUGAGUAUAGAAAAAUUGGUUUUGUUCGGUCUACUUAUAAAGAAGCCAAGCCUGAAAUCAUGUUUUUUAGUGUAAUCAUCUUGUAUCGUAGACAAUUACACGUUUCGUCCUUUUAUAUUGAAAACUGCAGAUUUCGUCAUAUAUCUUUAAUAAUAUACACCAACCAUUCUUCUUG